GUGGGCCGCUGCUGGAGCAUCCCGCUGGCGGGCGUGGCUGCGAACCGCUACUUGGCGCGGGUGGUCGACUCCUCGGACUCCGAGGCGGCAGUGGUCGCCCUCGGCAUCGCGGACGGGCCGGGGGCCGCGGCGGUGGCCCCCGCCCAAGUGGCCGCCCUCGGCAGCGCGGGCGCGGCUGUGGCCCUUCGCAGCGGUCUCUUCCAGAGGCGGCCGCGCUCUGGCGCUGCCGCCCCCGAGGCAGCCGCCCCCCAGCGGCUCGCCCCGCACGGUUUGCAGGAGGCUUGGGGUGAGGACCCGGCGGGGCCCGUGCCCGCGCCCGCCGCCGCGCCCGCGCCUGCUCCCGCCGCAGCGGCGCGGGCCCGCCGGGGCGGGUCUGGCGCGGCCGCCCACGGAGCAGCCGCCCCCCAGCGGCUCGCCCCGCCGAGUGUGCAGGAGGCUUUGGGCGGGGGCCCGGCGGAGCCUGUGACUGCGCCCGCGGCCGCCCCCGCGCCAGCGCCCGCUGCCGUGGCGCGGGCCGGCCGGGGCAGGUACGGGGGCGGGCGCCAGGGCUUGCUCGCGGCCGCCCAGGCGCGGGCCGCCGCGGUGCGGGCUCGCCCGGGCGGCGGGUAUCGGGCUUGCUCGAUUUGCGGCUACGCCCGGUGGGUCCCGCUCUGGGGUAGCCGGCAGCUGAAGUGCCUGUCGGGCUUAAAGGGUCCGUGGCGCUGCCCCAACGCUGGGACUGGCCUGCGGCUGUCGUCUUGGCACCGCCAGCGCGCGGUCCAGGAGCGGGAGCGGGGCGCGAGCAGUCGCCAGGUCGUGGCGGGGGCGGCCGCGGUGCGCGCCCCGCCUGGCCCGGCGUUUUUCGAG